CAGCCACGACCUUGCAAAUAGCUUUGCCUCGCCGCCUUCCUGGGAUUUGGUUUAGUCCAGCUCCACCUCCCGGACAAGAUGGCGGCGCCCAGAGCGAGCGAGGCGGUGUGGAAUCGCUUGGAGGUGCCGUGGCCCGCGUGCAGCGCGACGGUCGCCGUGGCGGCGCAGCACUCGUCAGUGAAAAGCCUUUCCACUGUUCUGAAGGGGUGUCAUGUUGUGGACGUCCUUCUGAAAGACAAAGCCAUGGUUGCAGAACAGACCCUGCUGCAUUCAAUCAUGUAUAGUUUUCACUAUCAGUUGAGUCACCAUAGGUCAUUUCGGUCCCUCAAGCAGGUAGAACAGUGCUUGAAGCGUUUAAACAGAAUGAAUCUGAAGAAGCCAAUUCAAUACCUUAUUCUUCUGGGCCCCACAAACCAGAAACCAGAAAAUCCAGAAGAGGCCUUGAUUCCCAGUCAACCUGUGAUAGAAGUGAUAUUAGUCAAGAUCUUGGGUGGGUGCAAGCUGUUGCUGCGUCUGCUUGAAUGUUGUUGCACAGCUUUUCUUUUGUCCCUUAAGCAUCUGUGUUUGCAAGAGUACAUAUUGUUGAAUUCUGUGGUUUUGGGGUUGCUGAGCCGAUUAUGGAUCAUUUAUAGAGGUGUGUUAAAAAGCCUCACUUCUCUAUAUAUCAGGCUAUUUGAAUUGCUUCGGGAAGUUUCAGAGACUCAUCCAAGGCCUUACAUUAAAGGAUUUGACUUUCCUUCUGAUAUAUAUGAAUUUCUGGGGACCACUUAUUCAGAGAUUGAAAAGAAAAUGUCCAACAAAACAUUUGUAAUGAAAAAGGCUGGACCUGGAUGGAUGACUAGACUUUUCCCAGGAAGCAAAGCUGUAUCUCAGUCUCACGCUUUGAGUGCAGCUGUGCCUACAAAAGUAAGAAAGAAGGUUAUGAACGCUCAGAAGACCAUUGAUAUUGGGAAGCCAAUUCUGAUAAAAAGAACUAACCAAGAUCUUGGGAAGGAGUUUGCGUUUGAUGUCAAGAGCUUAUGCAGGUUCCCUAACCCUGCACCACGGGAGAAUACAAAAGUCACAGUGAGGUUUCCUGGGUCAAAAAAGAGAAGUACAUUGGUUUCUUCUAAAUCACUGAGGUCCCAGCAUCUUAAAUCUUUUGUCUCCAAAUUUCAAGAAGCACACACCUUCAGAGAACUCUGUGACACACUCAGAACAACAGUUCUGUGGUGCAAAAGCAAUAAACUUGGGCCAGAGGCUUUUUUCUUGGGAAUGAAGCUUUUGAAAAGUAGGCGGUUACAGCAUGUGGAAACACAGGGUUGCAGCUUGCAACGGAAACUUGGCUGCAUUAAAGCUACUCUCUGUAAAUAUCUCACGCUUUCAAGCUGCAGAGUGAGACCCAGCCAAAGACUUAAAGCACAUUCCCACCCACAAAGACAGAUGAAAUGCUCAAGGAAAUCAAGAUGUGUUUCAAGGAGUGCACCAUCUUGCAUUGUUCCCAUACAAAGAGGCACUUCUAUCCAUUUUAAGGGCAGUAGAUAUCUUCCUCUUCCUCAGUGCUCUAGCUCCCUGUCUCCAGUUUGGGAUGCUGACAACGGUGGUACUACCUACAGUGUUGAAAAGCAAUCACAUGGCCAUCCUUCUGACCUUGUGGGGCUUGGAAGAAAGCCUUCCCAUAAACAGAAAGCCACAGAAAAUGAAGAUGAUAUUGAUGACAUUUUUAAAGUAAUUGGCCUAUAGCAUUAUGUUCCAUUAAACUAAUUUAAACUGUUCACCGAGUUUGUGUUGAGAGACGAUGGGCGUUACCUACUUAAACAGAAUGCAUCAAAAACAUUUUUUCCUGAUUUGAAGUUUUUUGCAAGCAUUAUCAUUACAUAAGGUUGACACUCUAAUUGUUGUUAAUACCGGUAGUGGCAGACUAUUAAGCAAAACUAAGCUUUUGUAUAUAAGCAGCAGCAUGCAUUUAGCUGCUUUGCUACAUUUUGUACAUGGAGUGCACUCUCAUUCCACAGGGUGAAUGUCUAGUGAAAAUGCAACACCUUUAGGGGAAAAAAUUGUAGGGUCUUACAAACCCAUCCAAAAUAGUACAAUGGUAGGACUGUGUACACACUUUGUAGCCAGAAUGCUGACUGAUGGGUGGGAAGCAGAAUACCAGCGCAAUAAGAAAUGCACAUGCAACCUGAGCAACAUUGCACUGCAACAUUUGCUUGCAUCAGCUAUUUCUCAGUCUUAGCACUCCUUAGAAUAUGCGGGGACAGAACUGAACCUGUACUGCCUAACUAAAAACACCAGCUACGUGCUAUUAAACUCAAAGCAGGUAGAAGCAGACCAAUCCUCAAAACUAUUUGGUAACUAGAAACUGCUGUCAACUCAGCUUCUGCUCAGGUAGUUGUGUUUAGCUAAUGCGGUGCAUAGUUAAGUUUAUAUGUUUGUUUGUUUUUAAAGCAAAAGUGCUGGUGUUUGUGUUGGUGUGCCUGCUUACGACUACCCAAAUGUGUCCAAAGGGGUAAACUCAUGUUAACAUAGUCCAGGGGUCAGCAAACUUUUUCAGCAGGGGGCCGGUCCACUGUCCCUCAGACCUUGUGGGGGGCCGGACUAUAUUUUUGGGGGGAAAUGAACGAAUUCCUAUGCCCCACAAAUAACCCAGAGAUGUGUUUUAAAUAAAAGGACACAUUCUACUCAUGUAAAAACAUGCUGAUUCCUGGACCGUCCGCGGGCCAGAUUUAGAAGGCGAUUGAGCCAGAUAUGGCCCCCGGGCCUUAGUUUGGGGACCCCUGACAUAGUCAAAAGCUGAGGCAAGC